AAAAGAACCAAGUGAAGAGACCCAAGGAAUUGCUAACAUGAAGGACGAUGCUCCAAAUUUUAAUCUCUUAAGUCAGACUGAUGAAGGAAAAGAACUAAGUGAAAAAGAAGAAAUCAUGAUUAAUUUGACUGGGAGUAAAAGAAACACAGAAGGUGGGCCACAGAAAGAAAAGACCACAAAUAAUAUUGAAGACGGUAAAGAACAGGCAGAGGGAUCUGGAAAGGAAAAGGAUGAAAACAAAAAACAAAAAAUGCAAAGUGAUCAGAAAACUUCUGAGGAAGCAGACAAUGAAAUUUGGAGUCAGGAAAACUCACAAUUCAUUAGAGAAUUGGUUAUGAAUGCCGAAAUGA